AUGCAUUUGAAUAUUUCAUUUCAAUUAUUAAUCAUUUUUCUACAUUAUAUAUUUGAUGCUUACACUCACAUAUCAACAGGCACAUCAGCUUUAGUUAGUAGUUCUAUGAAAUUUAAAAGCCCAAGAAUAGAAAAGUCCAAAGGUGGAGUUGGGCGAAAUAAGAAAGUUGGAUAUGAUGAUGAUGUUCCAGAUCUAGAUGAUAAAAGAUUCCAAUUCAGUUCAGAUGAGUCUCGUCUACGGUCAAUUUUACUUGAUCAUUAUGUUCCUGAAGCUCGGCCAGUAAUAAAUACAACAACUGUGACUAUAGUUGACGUUGACGUAACGAUUAUUCAAGUCAUGGGCUUAGAUGAACAAAACCAAGUAAUGACAACCAAUGUUCAAGUUACAUUAAAAUGGCAAGAUGAACAUUUACAUUGGUUACCAAGUGAAUAUAAUUAUCAAAAUCGUACUGUUUUCUCUGCAAAUGAAAUAUGGACACCCGAUAUUGUAUUAUUUAAUUCAGCUGAAGUUGCUUAUUCUCAACAACGUGAAUAUUAUCUAUUAAUUGUUCAUUGGAAUGGAACAGUUGAAUGGGUUUUUCCUGAUGUAUUUCGAUCUUAUUGUGAUGUUGUUAUUACUUAUUUCCCUUUUGAUAAGCAAAAUUGUACGCUGGAAAUUCAAUCUUGGUCACGACCCUCGAGUGAACUAUUAGUUCGCCAUCAACCACAGAAUCUACGUCAACAAAAGCAAUAUAUUCGUACUGAAUGGCAUGUUUAUGAUAUAGCUGUACGGAAUGCUUCGGUGAAACGUUAUUUAUGGCUUGUUUUUCAUAUAAAUAUGAAACGCAAUUAUCAAUUUUAUGUCAAUCAUAUGAUAUUUCCAUUUUCAAUACUAUCUUGUUUAACAUUAUUUGUUUUUUGGCUUCCGCCUGAUUCAGGUGAAAAAAUAACGCUAACAAUAACUAUUCUUCUUGCAUUAACAGUUUUUCUUCAACUCAUAUCAAAUUAUACACCGAAAGCUUCCUCAAGUCUUCCACUUAUUGGCAUUUAUUUUAAUGUCAAUCUAAUAUUAGUACUUAUUUCUGUUGUUCUUACUGUCGUUGUUCUUAAUUUUCAUUAUCGUGGGCCUAAAAAAUCACGUGUACCUCAAUGGUGCCGUCGUAUAGUAAUCGGCAAAAUUGGUCCUUGGCUUGGUUUUGAUUUUAAUCUUCCUCAGCAGAGUAUUUCUACAAAGAAAUCUGUAAUUCAUCAAGAGAAUACAAAUGGUAAUAUUCGUCGUAAAACAAAUGAUACUCAAUUAAAAUUAUCUGUUAUAAAUAUGACUACAUCAAUCGAGGAUUCUAAUGAAGAAGUAAUAAAUACAACACUUCAACAAAAUUCAGUAACAUAUAAUCUUGAACAAAUAUUACUUAAAAUGCAAACGCAAUUUGAUCCAACUAAAAUUGAUGAUGAAAAUUUAAAAGUAUCUAUUCUACAUGAAAUUCUUGAAUGUCAGCGAUUACUAUUAACAAUACAUGCAAGAAAACAAAAUAUUCAUACACAAGCUUUACAUGAUAUAUAUGAAGAAUGGAAAAUUUUAGCUAUUAUUGUUGAUCGAAUUUGUUUUAUAUUUUAUCUUAUAAGUAUGAUAGCUGCAUCGAUUAUUUUCUUCGUACGGGAACCAAUUCUAACACGAAAUGGAUAA